GCGUUUGCGGGAACAAAUUGUUGCGGCUUUAAGCACGAGUGUGAUUAUAUCGAGAAUCAAAGUGUAAAAUUCGCCACAGCCGCAAAACGCGCGAUUCCGACUGUCAGCGCAGUAGUUGGUUGCAAUAAUAAAAGCAAACGGACUCUGCGUGAGUGUGUGUGUGUGCGUGGGUGUGUGGCGAGUGGCGAUUGGGCAGCGGAUGUAGCAGCUGGUCUAGAGCGACGUAAGCCCCAUAAAAACGACAUUAAAACAAAUAAACAAAUAUACAAAUACGAUUCGCAUUGGGAAAAGCUGUUAAAAAGCCCUUCGAACCAAACAUGUUGGCCUUCCACAACGAGCACAUUGCCAGUUGCGCCUUUCUGACCUACUUCAGCCCGGACAGCACAAACACGGCUGCCAAUUCGCCAACAUCUGGGGCACAGGCGGCGCUUUACAAUGACAAACAGUCUAUAACAGGGAUGAACCGUGCUUUACAGCUGAAGCCAGCUGAAAAUGAAAGUCGCAGCGAGCAUCUAGAUCGCAAGCUGUUCGUUGGCAUGCUCAGCAAACAACAAACCGAAGAUGAUGUUAGACAAAUAUUUCAUCCAUUUGGCACUAUAGAGGAGUGCACCAUAUUGCGUGGCCCGGACGGUGCUAGUAAAGGUAAGUGCACUAGGCUUCAUCCUUACAACAAGACACGUGCUCCACGUGGCGGCUGCGCUUUCGUCAAAUUCGGUUCCCAACAGGAGGCUCAGUCUGCAAUAACCAAUUUGCACGGAAGCCAAACUAUGCCGGGUGCAUCCUCCAGCCUGGUUGUCAAAUACGCCGACACGGAGAAGGAGCGACAAAUAAGACGCAUGCAGCAAAUGGCCGGUCAUAUGAACCUAUUGAAUCCGUUUGUCUUUAAUCAAUUUGGACCGUACGGCGCCUAUGCGCAGCAACAACAGCAGGCGGCUCUGAUGGCCGCUGCGGCCACAGCGCCGGGCUCGGCGGCUGCCUACAUGAACCCAAUGGCCGCCCUGGCAACGCAAAUACCUCAUGGCCUCAAUGGCACCGGGCAGCCGCCGUCGCUGCCCUCGCCGACGAUGCCCAACUUUAAUAUGGGCGCCAAUACGCCCAAUGGGCAGCCAGGAGGCGCUGCCGCCGCUGCUGCAGCUGCCUCGGUGGCCGACGGUGUCUUCACGAAUGGCAUUCCACAAACGGCAUUUCCACAUCUCACACUCGCUCCAGAUCCGCUGCAUCUGACCAUACCACCACAAGGUUUGCCAAAUGGCGAUGCUGCUGCACUGCAACAUGCCUUCCCUGGUUUGCCACCAUUUCCAGGAGUUGCCUUUCCCGCCGUCUAUGGACAGUUUCCACAAGCUUUACCACCUCCCCUAGCGGCGGUUGCACCCACUCAGCGUGAAGAUUUUCUGAUGUUCCCAGGAUGUUCUAUAUCCGGCCCGGAGGGCUGCAAUCUAUUCAUCUAUCAUUUGCCCCAAGAAUUUGGUGAUGCUGAGUUAAUGCAAAUGUUCCUGCCGUUUGGCAAUGUGAUCAGCUCUAAGGUCUUCAUCGAUCGUGCAACAAAUCAAAGCAAAUGUUUCGGUUUUGUUUCAUUUGAUAAUCCCACCAGCGCUCAAGCGGCCAUUCAGGCCAUGAAUGGCUUCCAGAUUGGCAUGAAAAGACUGAAAGUUCAAUUGAAGCGGCCAAAGGAUGCCAGUCGACCUUAUUAACAAUCGGAGUUCCUUAAGCGUAACCAACAGCAACAACAACAACAACAACAACAGCAGCAGCAGCAGCAACAACAA